AUGACAUUACUGAAACAUUGGAAAUACAACAAAGACGAAGAUAUCGUUGUAACUCAAUUGAAAGGUUUGGUUGCAUCCAAUCCUGCAGUGCAAUUGAUUCCUUCUGAAAAAGUUGUCUUCAACCCUCAUUCGGUAACUUCCCAAAAGAUUACUCUUAUAAGCGGAGGUGGUGCAGGGCACGAACCUUUACAUGGCGGUUAUGUGGGACAUAACUUACUUGAUGCUGCUGUCAGUGGUUCAAUUUUUGCCUCGCCCUCCACCAAGCAAAUCAUGGCGGCCGUGAAAACCAAAUCUGACAAGGACAAGGGAACAAUUAUCAUUGUUAAGAAUUACACCGGUGAUGUUUUACACUUUGGGUUGGUUGCUGAAAGAGCAAAGAGUGAAGGCUACAAGGUCGAAGUGGUCAAUGUCAGUGAAGAUGUUGCUGUGGGUAGAGAACAAAACAAAAUGGUGGGAAGAAGAGGAUUGGCAGGAACAUCUUUGGUGCAUAAAAUUUUGGGAGCGGCCGUAAAUUCUGAAAAAGGUGGUGAUUUAACCACUGUGGCGCAGUUAGGUCGCGUUGUUAAUAGCAAUUUAGUAACUCUUGCUGCAAGUUUAGAUCGUACAUCAGUGCCAGGUAAAACCGAAGAGAUUGAAUUUAACGAAGCUGAUGAAGCAGAGUUGGGUUUGGGUAUUCAUAAUGAACCUGGAACUAAAAUUAAACCAAUUCCCCAGAUCAAUGAAUUGAUUAAGGAUAUGUUUCAUAAAUUGGUCUCUCCAGAAGACAAGGACAGACAUUAUGUCGAUUUUGACUUGAAGAACGAUAACUAUGUAUUAUUGAUCAAUAAUAUUGGUGGCAGUUCUUCUUUUGAAAUGUUUGCCAUUACUCAACAUGUUAUUGAGAAUUUACCAUUUUCUAAGAAGCCAAAGAGAGUAUACGUUAGUGAUUUUGUAACCUCGUUCAACUCACCUGGAUUUUCAAUUACCUUGUUAAACUUGACAAAUGUUAGCAAGGAAGAUAUUAUAUUCAAUUCAGAUGAUAUUUUGAAGUAUUUGGAUGCGCCUACAAAUGCACCAGGAUGGAAGCCAAAGAUUUUCAAUGACAAAUUAUGGGAACAACCGAUUGAAUAUGUUGAAUCCCCCAUGAAACAUCAAGUUGCAGUGACUUCAAAGCUUAGAAUCGAUGAAAAUAAAUUUGAGACACAAUUACGUAAUGCGAUGAAAGUAUUGCUUGAACAAGAGCCAGAUAUUACAAAAUAUGACACCCUUGUAGGAGAUGGAGAUUGUGGUGAAACAUUAGCCAAGGGAGCCAAUGCCAUAUUGAACGCUUUGGAUAAUGAUAAAGAUUUCAAAUCCGGAUUGUCUGAUCCAGUGGCCACGGUUUCUAGAAUUACUGAGUUGGUAGAAGACAGUAUGGGUGGAACUUCGGGUGGGCUCUAUUCAAUCUACUUAACUGCUUUGGCACAAAAUUUGCAAAAGAGCCAAGAAAUAUCUGUCUCUGCUUUAGGCGAUGCAUUCCAUAAUGCUUUAUAUGACGGUUUGUUCAAGUAUACUAGAGCAAGAGUUGGUGGACGUACAUUGGUCGAUACCUUGCAACCAUUUGUUGAUGGUUUGAAAAAGACUGGUGAUUUGAAGGAAGCUGUUGAAAGUGCAAAGAAAGGUUGUGAAUCAACCAAGCAUUUGCAUGCUUCGUUUGGUCGUGCAAGUUAUGUUAAUGAACAGGAGUUUAAGGCAGAAGGUGGUGUUCCUGAUCCAGGAGCUGUUGGACUUUUGGCUAUUAUUCAAGGAUUUUUAGGUACUGUAUAG